AUUAGGAUUAGAACAAAGGAACUGCAGGUCCCUAUCUAAUCCUCCACUUUAAAUAUUAAUAUUUCAGCUUGUUGUUAUUUCACCACUGGGACUCAAUGUACCAUAAACUAUUGCAAUUUUUGGCAGAUUUGAGACCACAAAUAACUUGUUUUCUUCAGUCUGCGAGAGUGGACCUUAGAAUUCCCAAAUGGUUCUGCAUUGCUUCUACUGGAGGAAGUCCACAACGAAAACUGGUGGCAAUGAACUAACUUUUCUCUGUAGGGCACGGCUGUGACUAUAUAGUGCACUACUGUACUCAACAGAGCUUUCCCAGAAACACUCACAUGUGACCUAGUAAGUGAAUGCUCUGGUAUGAUGAUCAGUUAGGGGAGCCUAUCCCAGACGGCCUAUCAGUCCUUGAAACAUCCAUAAUCUGAUUUCUAGGAGAGGAGUUCAGUAAUGAAGGUAAAGAGUUCAUUGGGGCACCAGUAUCAAGCCCUGAAAUAUGGGGAUAGAACAGUUCUAAUGUUACCCUGCUAAGACCACAGCAAUGGAGCUUUCACCUUUUACAGGAUGCAGUCUGUUUGGACAGUCACUAAACAAUCUUGCUCUGCCCUGCCUCAGAUAGGGAUUCAACCAGCUCUGCAAAGCACAGGAGAGGUGCCUGUCUUCUGACUUUAUCUUCACAGGUCUGAAGAUAUUCAGCAUUUCUCUUACAUUAGAAGUUUAAGUCGUCUUUUACUGGGGGACUGUAACAGUAGAAUCAAAACUAAAUAAAAAUUCAAUUAAUCUUGAAAAAUUGAAGGUCUGACUAAGGAAUUAGGUCCUUUAUGGUUUGCAAGACAACUCAGCUGAAUUGCAAGGAGAUUAAAUUAGUGCCUAAUUUAAGACCAGUCACAGCAAAUGGGUGUAAAGUCAUCAGAAGGAGGAGAAUGAAGGUGGCAAUAAAAAUAAUUGACAAAUCUCAGCUGGAUGCAGUGAACCUGGAAAAGAUCUAUCGAGAAGUGCAGAUAAUGAAAAUGCUUGAUCACCCACACAUAAUAAAACUCUACCAGGUGAUGGAAACCAAAAGCAUGUUGUACCUUGUGACAGAAUAUGCCAAAAACGGAGAAAUUUUCGAUUAUCUUGCCAACCAUGGCCGUCUGAGUGAGCCCGAGGCCAGGCGCAAAUUCUGGCAAAUCCUCUCUGCGGUGGAAUAUUGUCAUAGCCGAAAGAUUGUGCACCGUGACCUCAAGGCUGAAAAUCUCCUGCUCGACAACAACAUGAACAUCAAAAUAGCAGAUUUUGGGUUUGGAAAUUUCUAUAAAAGUGGUGAGCCUCUCACCACCUGGUGUGGAAGCCCCCCAUAUGCAGCCCCAGAAGUCUUUGAAGGGCAGCAGUAUGAAGGACCCCAACUGGAUAUCUGGAGCAUGGGUGUAGUUCUUUAUGUUCUAGUCUGUGGAGCGUUACCUUUCGAUGGACCUACACUCCCUAUUCUGAGACAGCGGGUUCUGGAAGGAAGGUUCAGGAUCCCCUAUUUCAUGUCAGAAGAGUGUGAGCACCUGAUCAGGAGAAUGCUGGUCCUAGACCCAUCCAAGAGAUUGACAAUUGCUCAGAUUAAGGAGCAUAAAUGGAUGCUAAUAGAAGUUCCUGUGCAGAGACCCAUUCUCUAUCCACAAGGACAGGAGAACGAGCCUUCCAUUGGAGAGUAUAAUGAGCAGGUUUUGCGGCUGAUGCACAGCCUUGGAAUAGACCAACAGAAAACUAUUGAGUCUCUGCAGAACAAGAGUUAUAACCACUUUGCUGCUAUCUAUUACCUGUUAGUGGAGAGACUCAAGUCACAUAGGAGUAGCUUCCCUGUGGAGCAGAGACUCGAUGCUCGUCAGCGUCGGCCAAGCACCAUUGCUGAACAAACAGUCGCCAAGACACAAGCUGCAGUGCCCCCAGUGAACCUGCGUUCACAGAAUGUAAGGCUGCUGAGGUCUCCGGGCCUCCCACCAGCUCCAGAAGCCUUCUCCUUUCCCCCAUCCAGCUGCCACGUUGAGUCAGCAUUCAUGGAGGAAGAGAGAGUCGAUACCCCAAAGGUAAACGGCUGCUUGCUCGAUCCUCUGCCCCCUAUGGUGAUUAGGAAAGGAUGCCAGUCACUGCCUACUAGCAUGAUGGAAACCUCUAUUGAUGAGGGGAUAGAGACAGAAGGCGAAUCAGAAGACGAUCCCGCACAGGCAUUUGCAGCCCUCCAAGCAACCCGCUGUGGGAAAAGACGUCACACUCUGGCGGAAGUGACCAACCAGCUUGUCAUGAUGCCAGGUACAGGGAAAGUCUACUCCUUGGAUGAGAAUCCAUCUUUGGGCAGCAUUGACUCAGAAUAUGAUAUGGGAUCUUUUCAGAGGGAUCUUAACUUCCUUGAGGACACUCCUACACUGAAAGAAAUGAUGCUGGCCAACCAGUCAGCACCCAGAGUGACACCCCCUUUCAUAGGCCUGAGACCUGCCAAUCCAGCCAUGCAGGCACUGACCUCCCAGAAACGAGAGGCCCACAACCGCUCCCCCGUCAGUUUCCGAGAGGGGCGCAGGGCAUCUGACACAUCCCUCACACAAGGAAUUGUAGCAUUUAGACAGCACCUUCAGAAUCUGGCACGAACCAAAGGAAUCCUGGAGUUGAAUAAAGUCCAGCUCCUAUAUGAACAGAUGGGAUCAGAAGAAGAGCCCAACCUAACAUCGACUGCUCCCCACUUGCAGAAUCUCGUGAACAGCCCCCCUCAGGAGGAAGCUUCUCAGCAGCAGGAGAUUCUAUCUGCCUUCCCUAAUGGUGUGCACCCACAGUUGUUAUCGAGACGGCAGAGCUUAGAAACACAGUACUUGCAACACAGACUGCAGAAACCCAGCCUGCUGUCAAAAGCCCAGAAUACUUGUCAGCUGUACUGCAAAGAACUGCCUCGAAGCCUGGAACAGCAGUUACAAGAGCACAGGCUGCAUCAGAAGAGACUCUUCCUCCAGAAGCAGUCCCAGCUGCAGGCUUAUUUUAACCAGAUGCAUAUAGCCGAAAACUCAUACCCAAGGUCAAGUCAACUGCCACUUCCAGGCCAGGAGGAGCAGCAGCAGCCGCUGACACAGUUCAGCCUGGCACAGCCCUUGAGCCCUGUAAUGGAGCCUUCCUCAGAACAAAUGCAAUAUGACCCUUUCCUUAGCCAGUAUCAGAAACUACAGCUGGAGUCUUUGCCACCAUCACAGAUCCACAGCUCACCUGGGCUGCCAUUGCAGAUUCAUGUGCAACAGCAGCCACCACCGCUGCCACCCUUACAAUAUUCUUAUCAGACUUGUGAAUUGCCAGUGGUCACUUCUUCUGAGCCAGACUACCCAAACCAGUGCCAGUAUUCCAUGAACCCAGCCCAGCAAAGCAAUGUAGCAUCACCAGACAACCAGAGGAGCUCAGCACCUCAUGAGUCUCAGUCCAACUAUGAGGCAUUAGCCCUUUCAGAGUUGCCAGGACUUUUUGAUUGUGAAAUGAUGGAGACUGUUGACCCACAACAUAGUGGCUAUGUCUUGGUGAAUUAGCCACCCUGCAGUGUUCACUUAAGAAUGGAAGACAGGUGAAGUGAAGGAAAAGCAUCUGAAUUUUCAUUUUUGUUCCAACCCUAACAUUCAUGGCUUAUUUUCCAACCCUUGACCUACUGAGGGAUGUAAAAGCCACCUGACUGGUACUAGCCAGGGAUGGCUAAAAGCUACAUAGCCAUUGGUUCAUCCUGUCAGUGCUAUGCCACAAACCCCAUGGCAGGGGCUGGAGAUGGAUACUGCAAUUUGGUCAAACAAAGAACCAGUUUGCAGAGAAGGAGAUUACAGAUGUAGUUUUAAAGAAAGAAAAGGGUCCCUUCCAAAAACUGGAUACUCUGCUAGCAUCCAUCCAGUACCAGAUGAAACCUGCUAAAGAUCUGCAAAAGAAAGGAGAUUAAAUGAGUGAUACAUUGUACUUCUUGGCAAUAAAAGCAAUAUAUUUUUCAUCCUGACUCAGACUUGGGUAACCUGAAGGCAAAUCAAGAACUCAUGAAACUUUAGUGCAUGGUGGAUUUAAAGGAAAGUUGCACUUUGGCAUUGAAAUGUUGAUUCUAAGCUACUGAUGUUGCAUUAGUCCACAGUAAGUCUCAGAGGACAUCAGGUGUUUCUCCAAAAGACUCCACACAUCCUCCUGCUAGCAACAGCAUUUCCCCAAACUUGCCAAAAAACUUCUAACUGCCCAUCCUGGGAAGUUUCUGGAACUUUGACAAAAUGAUACACUGACCUAGUCAAAAGAGAGCUAGGUCUGAUAUGGGGCACUGCAGUGUUUUUAGAGGCCUCUGAAUGGGGUACAGAAUACUCCAAAGGUAAAGGAUCAGUUAACAGAGAUGUGAAAGUACCAAGAGGUGGUCUGCAACUGCAGCAAAUGACAUUGUCGAAAAGGUCAGCCAGGGUAGCAUUAGAAAUCAGCCCUUUUUGUGGACAGUCUCUUGUGGAGGCCUCUGCCUUGGAGCAGCUGUGGUCACUGGAGAGGAUACAUCUGUCCUCUGUUGCUUUUUAAAAAUAACUAUUUUGAAUUUACAGUAUGCGUUGCUGGUGGUUUAUUAAGCUUUGUAUAUUUGGACAAUUUGGGUUUUAGAACUUAAGGACAAAACAAAAUGAGCUUAAAAACCCCAUGUGAAGUGAUAGUGCUGUGCCUUUUUGGGUUCUUUAUCAGAUUAUAUGCUUUUUUUCCUGAAGAAAGUAGACAGUACCCCAUUUAUAUCCAUGCUAAAGCCAAAGUCACUUCAGAGCAUGUGUUCCACCAUGUGGAAUACAAUGCAACUUCCUUAGUGUCUUGAUUGCUCAUCUCUGUGUGAAAUGUUCAAAGUAUUACAGCAAUAUUUAGUGUCAAGAACUGUUGCUAUAUUAACCGUUUCAACAGAUACUCACUUUGAGCAAGCACUUGAGUCCCCAAACCCUUGCAGUUCACAAAAUGUCAGGCAGCAGCUGGGCUUUGGAUCCAUAGAAAGGACAGGGGUAAUCACUGUAAUGUGGGUUGUCUCAAGUGUUUGAAAUACUGAGAGACAUUAUUAAAGGAGAACCUAGUGCCCCAUAGUUGGAGAGUUUAGUCCUUUGUGAGCAGAUGAACACACUAAGCACAAUGCAGGUUCUUUAAAGCACAAAGAACAGCAGAAAAGCAGGUACUGCUUAUGAAAAACAGCCUUUGAUGUCUGGGAGGUUUUCCCUUUUCAUUAAGUUCAAAGUGAGGAAAGAGGCAAUAUACACUAAUAGCUCCAUCUGUAUCUAUCACUACACAGUCACUAACCUUGCUCCUGACACUUUGCUCUCAAACCAAAGUUUUGUUGCAAGUUCCCAACCCCACCAAUCUGGGCUGUUACUUUAUACUGACCCACAGGCAAAUUCUACAGUCACUAUAUAAAGCACUAAGGCAUUGGACUGAAUUGGUGGUAGCAGAAGAGAGAAUUCCUGAUACACUGAGAAAAGCCCAGUCAGUUUAUAAUCAGAUUUUCUGACCAACUAAUGUCAUGUCAUAAACAGAAGAGUUAUCAAAGAUCAGACUGCAGAACCAUUUUUUUCCUUCAGAGAAAUAAGCAGUCAGCACACAGAGCAAUAAUACAGUAUUUACGUGGCAAAGGUAAAAAAAAAUCUAGUGACUAUAUAUUAGUCAGCUUUAAACAGGAAAAAGUUCAGCACUGCUGCCAGCAAUUGCCUUAUUUCCUAGCAUGCUAAAAUCUGACUGACCUGUGGUGUUUAUACAGCACAUUCUGUAAUAUUGGUCACUAAUCCACUUGUUGUGCAGUCAGAUUUGUUCAAUCAAGGCUUUGUAUUGACUAUACGUUGAUUCCAAAGCCAUUGCUGGGGGGCAAUUUGAAAUCCCAUGUAAGCUGAAGCAUGGAAUCUCAUCUUAAAGGUUGUGCCCACUUACCCCUUUCUUUAUGCUAGAUGGCAAAGAGGUCCACUAAUGCUUUGCUGUUGUAACAUGGACUCCUGAUCUGGGGGAGGUUGAGAACCACCGACCUAAAGACUGUUUUAAGGUGACUUAAUGCCAUCUGCAUAGAAACCUUUAUAAAUGGCAUUCCAUCCUCAUCCAUGGACACGCCUGUGUGAAGGGGUAAAAAUCUUCACACAGCCCCUAGGUUUUAAGUGACUUGUAGAGAGCAAGCAACUGGCAACAACAAACACUGCAGGGGAACAAAGGGCCAGCCCAGUGGAGUCUAAGCAUCUCACCAGGGCAGGUGACCACAUGCAGCGAGAGUGGGCAGCAAGGGGCCACGUAAAAUAUUAAGCAAACAUUUGUGCACAUACGAGGCCAGGCUGAAUACCCAGAGAGCUGCGUGAAAGAGAAGCAAACUAUGGAUAUAGAAAUGUCUCCAUAGCAUGAACAAUCAAUUCAGAAGCCCAGUUCUGCACAGGGAGUUGUUACAAAACAUGGCCUGCCCCUUUUCUUAACUAUUUCCACAACAAACCCUACCACCCCAUACAUAGUAAGCUGACAUGGAGCAGGAUUCAGGGGCACAGAGCAGAAUUACUGUUGUGGUUUGAUCUCUCCAUCAUUUUAGUUAUUUCUUUACCAGAGGGUCCCAACUAGUUUAAACUGCUGAGUUUUGGAAUGCAGGUAUCUAGGGAGCUAAAGAGUUUUGAAUGUUAUGAACACAAAGUAGCUUAGAUCUCCCUCAACUAACAGCCAGUUUAACAUUUCAUGUCAUUUUCUAUAGACAAACAUUUCUAAUGCCACACUAGACUAUUUUGUGGGCACCACUCGUUGUAUUCAUGCUACUCUGAAGUGGCUGCUUUUGUUCAAGUCUGUUGUGCCUAACAGAGGAUUGUGUAUACUACUGUAUAGUGAAGUAUUACCUUUAGUAUCUUGUAUUACAGGUUCCUUUGAAGAGACUUUGGUGAGAUGUAUAUGGGGUAAAAAUUUCAUAUGGAGAAAAGUGCAAUAUGUGUGUGUGGUACGUUCUUUAAUGUAUUUUUUUAAAGAGUUAGAGGGUUUAGUCUUUGCUUUGAGAUAAAUGCACUAGUUUUGUGAGCUCCAGUUGGGCAAGUGCAUCUGUAGUAAUUACAUGCAACUGGUAUAAUGGACUCUGUAAAGCAAUUACAGUGUAUUAAUACAAAAUAAAGAGUAUGUACAUUUCAUUUUUAAAUCUUUAGUAAGCUAAAAUGGAAUCGAAAAUUGUUCUACACUAUAAGCUUAGCAAGCACUGUGGUAGCAUUACCCUUAAGUUAUUCUAAUGGCAGGCUGCAGCUGAGACACCAAGAUACAAAUGAAAAAUAAGCUUGUUUCUAUUACCAGUGUUGGGUUCUCUGGACUGUCUUUUUCAAGAUGGUACAAAACAAAACUCCCUUUAUUUCAUAUAAUUGAUCUCAGAAGACAAAUGUGAAGGAAAAAAAUGUAUUAAUAGCCUCACACAAUAGCUCCAUUUCUGUAUUACAUGCAACCAUUUAGCAUGGCCCUGAUCUCAAUAUCACCCAUUCACAGCACAGGCAAUGUUUGCUUAAUGCAUCUGGAACACCAACAGACUACAUAGAUAACUGAGUAAGGAAAGUAGUUCUUCAAAACCCGUUUCUUAGAACAGAGACUAAAAGCAUAGGUAAAUCCUAAGCUAUUCAGGGAACAUCAACCAACCAAUCCAAAUGACUUGAAAGCAGCAGUUUAGUGUAGGUUACAUAAUGCUAGUUCCUAUACUUCCCUGAUUAAAAAAAUCUUUCUUAGUGUUGAGCACAAGAAGAGAUCAGGUGUGGCCAUAGAGGUUUGCUGUUAACAUUGAUAGAAUCCAACUGUCACAGGUCACCUGCUGAACCACUCCCCUCUCAAACCCAUUGUAGAAGGAGUCAUUUGAUUUUGAUCAGGAGAAGGAUUCAGUGUUAAAGCAGCUUGAGGUGGAAAAACAAUUUCACAUCAAAAUUAGAAGUUAUUUCUGUUUUGCAGAACACUAGAACAAUUCUUGUUUUGCAGAACUGUGAAUUUUCAGAAUUUCAUAAUUGUUUUCCCCUUUUUCCACGGAACGCCAUUAAAGGAGUCGUGUCCAGGGCCAUAUUUUCAUUUCUUCACUAAAACCUCAACUUUAGAAAAAUCUACAGGUUGGAAGUGGCAAAAGGAAAAAUGAAACCCUUUAGCUUUGCCAAGCUUCCAAAGUUGAGAACAUUUAGAAAAGUCAGAGCAGAAUGCAUUCAUUCUUCUGCAUUUGGUGGCACAAGAAGAGGGGAGAGUAGAAGAACUAAAGCUCAAAGUUGUUAACUUUGAUUGCAAAAAAUUAUCAAAUGACAUUUUCCUGUGAGGAAAAAAACAUAGAAACCCCCCACCCCUCUUUUUUUUGCAGGAAAGCUUUCUGGUUGGAAAAUUCUGCCUAGCUCCACUCAACAGUUAUUAUAGGUAGAGGAAGUAGUGGUUAGGGUGAUGUUUCCCUGGAAAGCUUUAUCUGUUACCUAUAUAGGUUUAGAAACAGAUAGUUAAAGCCAUGCAGUCUUGUAGCAAGGAAGAGAUGAUAUUGGUAUGGAAGGUGGUUAUAAAUGUAUGAAAAUGAGCUACAUUUUAAGAGUAAAUUAUACAAAUAACACCCUUAUCAGGAUAACACCCACUCAAAGAGGCUGCAGAUUUAACUGUUCUAAGCCAAUAUAGUUAAACCAGUACAAAAGCAUGCAUUGACCUGUCAAAUCAGGUUAGCUCAGUUGUAACCUGCACUUAUUUGUGAGUCUGCAUUUCUCAACCCAAUUUGGAAGACUGCAUGCAAAGGACAAUUUCUCUCCUUGUAGUAGAGAGUUUCAGGUGCCCUGACUAUACCUGCACCCUGCAGGAGUAUUACUCCUACACCUUUCACUAGCACCAUGGUCACUUACAGUCAUUAAAAGAAAAACAGCCAAAAGCCACAAGUUAAUAGCUAAUGGCAAAAGGAGCCAGUCAGAAACAAUUCCUGGGCUCUGUUUGCAGAACCAGAAGCAGCAUCCAGCUGUUCUGUCUAAAGUUGAGUAUUAAAUUGAAAUCCAUACUCAUUGUUUUUUUUCUCACAAAAUAAGUUUGAUUUACCUGAAGUUGGAGACUGUGGCUGGGAUAGCCAUUCUUUUUCUUUCUAAAAGUGAAGAGAAGACACUAAGAAAUAAAUAUGGAGUUUUGUUUGGAUCCUGCUCAUUACUUUCUCAGAACCUUUAGCUCUAAUCUUGUGUGACAGAGAGAGCUAUGGCUUAGUAUAAUUCAUCUAGAAAGUUUUUCUUAAAACUUUACCUUGCCUUAUAGUUGGAUUAAUCUCGAGAAGCUACCCUCCCCCGCCCCCAUCAAUUCACUAGGGCUGAGAGAGGUCAGAUGUUGCUGCUUUUAUAGGCUACACCUGGACAGCACAUGGGUUUGCCCUGAUAGGGGCGGGGACUAUAAAAAUGAAUCAUGGCAGCCUAGUGAAAACUUAGGAGAAGCUGUAUGAUAAGAGGAAAUUUAGAUACUCAAACAGGGAAAGCUCUAUAAAAAACAAAAGACUCAGAGGAAUGGCUCUUCAUAGAGAGAAAGUCUAAGGGAAAAUAUACAAACAACAUCAUAGGUAGAGCCCGGCAAAUCUGCAGAUACCCAUGGACCAUGUUUGGCCAUCAGCUGUGGAUACAAGUUUUGUAUCUACUGGGCUUUAAUCAUAGAUUCUCAACUAGGGAGCUGUGACUAACCUGCCUUCCUAUAGUCCUAGAUAGAACAAAAGUCUGCCUUGGAUUCCAGCUGGCUAGAAGGAGGGUCAUAUAAGGGAAAACAUUGAGACCUACUAGGCUAAGAUAUAUUUUAUCUGCUGCUAAUUCUCCUACAACCGCAGAGAGAUUCUAUUAUAAACCUUAGGUAGAAUUAGCAUCAUAUUUUGUAAGAACCCUGUUGGGGCUAUUAAUGUCCUAGGUACAUUGAAGAAGAAUUAUUAGGGGAGCACAAACUAACCUUGAGAAGUCUUUCCGCCUUGCCACACUCAGAACUGACUGCUCCUCUAAGGGCUGAACAGGUCUACCUGUGUUGUGGCAUUAGCUGCAAUGGUUGGUGCACAGGUGUAACAGGGCCCUGAUUCUCUUGCUUGUGGUGUGAUCACAAGGAACAGAGCUCCACAGCUAAGUAUGGGUGCACACUGGACUGUGAAGUUUAUAAUUGCUAUAUCUAGCUGCUAGAUACCCUUGUUGUAGUCCUACUGAUAGAAGUUACAAGGCAGUGGUUAGAACAGUGAAGGGCGUGAUGGCUGGUUUUUGGUAAAUCUUUAUCCCACACAAGGUAGCCUUUGUGUGGGAUAAAUCAAGGUAGCCCUUGAUACACUGGCAGUAUAGAUCUGACAGCUGCAUCCCCAAAACCAGCUCUUGCUUCAGCCUCUUUCAAACCCAACACCUCACCCAAUGUGAAAGCACCAAAAUCUGGUUAAAUGCUGUUUGCCACUGUUGCCUGGGUUGCCCUCUGCCUGAAAUGUGAGUGGAAGUGUUAGCCAAAGAGUUCAGAGCAAAUCAGGCUACAGGAAAAUGAAGGUCUGGUUAUGGACAGCUUAGUUCCCUAGACGAGACAUAAUUUGCAACAGAAAUUCUCAGAUUUACUUUUCAGUCCCUCUUUAAUAUAUUCCUAUUUGUAAAUACUCAUCCUAAAAAAACAUGUGGUGAUGCCCUCACUUCCUCAUUCACUGGUGUGUGGCAGGGGGUGGCUACAUUCUGAAGCCUUUUCCCCCCAACCUCUUGCAUUCACAGCUGUAAACAGUACGCACAGCAUGAGGUGGUGUACGAAGGGUUAAUGGGGCUGAGAUGGAGGCAGCUAGAAUGACUAAGUCAUGUGAGACUGCCCCCAAACCAUCAUGUGUGCCAAUACACCACACAGGAACAGCUCCUCUCUCCAUCUCUAGAGCAGGUGCCGUAGUUAUUAUGAUGCAAAUCAGAGGCCUGAGUAACACUCACACCACUUCAACAAUGGUCUAAUGUAGCCUUUCCAGACAACUUUUCCAUCAGUCUCAGAACAUUCCAGGGCUAGACACAAGGGCUGUGGAUCCCAUUAAAUAGCAGGCCAAGCUUUCCCCUUUCAAUGGUAUAAACUGCAGCUUUAGGUCAAGGUGUAGACUUUAAAUCUGUCACUGCUGUAGAGCAGAGCGGUUCCCAUUCUGGGCCUCGGGCCUAUGGCACUUGCUUUUUCAUUAGGCCCCUAGCCCAUGGCUAAUUGAGCAGCAUGCUGCUGAGGCUGGGGCAGGUGCACAAACCAUGCAGCUUAACACAUGACUAUCACCACCCUAUAUGCACAGGCUGCAGAGGGGAGGUGUCAAUUUUGCUGAUUGGGUUUUUAUAUAAUCUAAUUUGACCAACUAAUUGGUCUCACCCUAAAUCAAAGUGACUGACUCUGAGCCUCCAGUCAGUCCCUGUCAUUCACCAACUCAAAAUUGCCAAUUUUCUCUGUGACUAGACAGUUCCCAAGGCAGCUGAAUCCUCAACUAUUCAAGAUAAACUUGGGAAAUGAUUCCCCCUAGAGCCCUUAUCUGGAAUACAGUGAAGUAAGUGGGGGGAGAGAGCAGAGGGUGGCUGUGCUUAUGGCUGGGGGAGUAGCAGGGAAGCCAUGGGGAAGACAGAACAGUGAGAAAGUCACAAGGCAAAGAGCCCUCAGGGACUAACUAGUGACUUCGACAGCCCCAAAGGGCAAACUCCGCAAAGCGGGAAAUAAAAACCUGCUCAGCAAUAGCUUUGCAAAAACUUUCUGGCAAAAGCUUGUCCCUCUGUGUGCCCAGGGGAAGCCGAGUGCUCAGCAGAGCAGCAUCACAUGGUAUAGCACAGGCUUGGGCUGCAGAGGAAAGCUAAAAUUGUGAUGCUGCAGUUGCUGUUAUUCAAUAGUAACUUCAGUCUUUGCUGAGAACAUUAGCCCAAACCAAUGGAGCAUGCCUCCCUCCUGUCAUGUUACGGUCAAAAAAUACACCAGCGGCUGUAACACCACCUUCAAGCCAAAACUCCAAAUGAACAAGGUGGCACAAGUGUGUUCCGAAAACUUUACUCUGUGUCGUCUUUGCCCCUCAGCUGUAUUAGUGGUGCUGCUGGAUGAAAUUAGUAAUGCAUAGUUCUGCUGAGUGCCUCCAUGUGCUUUAUGUAGGGCCAUGUUUAACCAAACAAAGGCAAGGCCAUUUGUAAAACAGCAGACAAGCUGGUGAACUCCCAAAUCUCAGGGCACUGGGAGAGGGGAAGAUGUUCACCUGUACCUUUUCGGGUACAGUCAGGGCUCAAGCUGGUGGGGAGACAGAGCAGUGAUACUUGCCCAAGUUCUGCUCUUUGAGGUAAGAGGGGCAGAAUAUAAUCAUGCACGCCCUGCCAGGCGUGGCUCCCACUCAUAGGUGUUCAGAUAUGUUCUUGGGCAGGGCAGGAUUAAGGCACAGGCUUGCGCCCGGGGCUCUUCUCUGUCAUGCAAUGACAUCAGAAUCCAAACUCUCCUUAAAUACACCCGUGUGUUUCUAGCCCGCCUGAUUUUGCAGAAAAGUGUGAACCGAGUGUAACCAAAGCAGCGAUGUCUGCAAAGGGAGAAGCAGCAAUAGCUGGAGCCUGGUAGACUGCAUCUUGGCACCCACCCACAGGAGCAUGCUGCAGCUGGUUGAAGGAGGGGUGUCCGUUAGACUCUGUGGGUUGGCUCUGCUCCUCCCCUCCGGCCUGCUAUUUCCAAAGGUCAGAGUGCGAAGAGAGAAACAUGGCGAUACUGCCCAUGCCCCACACACUCACUGAAUUGACACAAGGGGGUCGCUCACAGUCCAUUGUGCAGGUCUGCACGACAUGGGCCUCAUGCUGCCUUUCUCGGGUCACAUCUUCAAGGCUUUUUUCUAACCAAAAUAGCUGGGGCUGGACACCCCCUACCCUUUUAUUUAUUUAUUUUUAAAUGAAAGUUGAGAUUCCGGAGCUUGUGACAAUCGCCUCAAAGAACGUGGUAGGUUGUCUAGCAGGCCCAACUGGAGCCUUGUCUGCAAUAAAGAGACAGUGAAAUUGCACCGUAUAGGAUACAGACAGUUUCCUUUAGUUCUGGGAGGAGCUUGCUCUGUGGAAAACUAUUCAGGAAAGCCAGCAAUUCCUGUAGCAGAUCUUAUCUUCAUUUUGAAAUGUGGGUGUCUCCUAAUUUUUGAGUUUUCUGUGGGUCUUGAGCAAGACGAGUCAAUACAAUACCCUAAUGUGACAAAUGUGUCUCCUGUAUUGCUGUCACUUAGAGUUAGAAAGCUAUUUAAAUAUGGUGGUUGAAUAAGAAAUCUUUGUACCAAAAUGUAAUUUAAUGGGGGAAUUUUGUGUAAAGAAAAUGUCAUAAUAUGGUUUUAUGUAACAGUCCCUGUUGAACUGAUUUAACAGCAAAUAAAGACUACAGUGUUUUGAUAAGAA